AUGGGUUCCAUGAUCUCGUCGAAUUCGUUUUCACGACUUGAGAACCUCAUAUACACUGCCGUUGCGCAAGGUGCAAUUCUUCACUGUGGUGGAAAGCGUUACAACCACCCUGAUUACCCCGGUGGAACGUACUUUGAACCAACUCUUCUCAGCAACGUGCGUUCAGAAAUGGAAAUUGCCCAGACGGAGCUCUUUGCACCAGUCUUUUUGCUCAUGAAAGCUCGGACUGUUGAUGAGGCGAUUGAGCUUGCCAACUCGACCAUGUAUGGUCUCGGCGCGAGCGUCUUCGGCUAUAACAGUCAUGAUGUGCAGAAGUGCGUUCGAGGUGUCAAGGCUGGCAUGGUGGCUGUCAAUGAUUUCGGAUCAUUCUACGCCUGCUCAAUGCCCUUUGGCGGGGUUAAGGGUUCAGGCUACGGCCGCUUUGGCGGCGAGGAGGGGCUCAAGGCCCUCUGCAACAUCAAGAGUAUCUGUGAAGAAGCCCCUUGGGCGAGAAUGCUGGGUAUCAAAACGCAAAUUCCGCCGAAACUGCAGUACCCAGUAAGUCGCGACGGGUGGGAAGUAUGCAAGGGGGUGAUUGGUACAGGUUAUUCUAUCGGCUGGACAGAAAUGAUGACCAGUGUGGCUGGACUCCUUACAGCAAUCCUGAAAAGUGAACCCUGGAUUGUGAACAACACUGCGACCGAGAAGUCUUGA